UGUUGGGACCGCGUUAAGUCUACAUCAGACGUUUCAGUGGAUGUGCACGUUGAGCAUCGCAAGAUAACACAUUUGAAUAACCUGGAUAUAAAACUGAUUUUGAUACGUUUAUUUGUGAUCUAUAUUUUAAUCAUUUAUGUUCAAACUUUUUUCCUAUAACAAGGCUAUAAUAAAACCUGCAAAUCCUGGAAAAUAUUCGGCAUAAUGUCAGUUAUAUUCGUGUUUCUUUUGCUUGUAUCCCUCUGUUUAAAAUCUCGACUCGGAACAGCCGCGUCUGAGGAUGCCAUCAUAAAUGGGCAGGACAGCGGAGUAUUUGAUGCAGCGGAUGGUCAAACUUGGGACACCUCAACGACUGACAGAUCGGUGCGAGACAUGGUGUCAAUACAUAUGUUCAAGCUCUAUGAUAAAUACAACAAAGAGCUCAACCGCCCGAGAGACGGCAAUACUGUUAGAAGUUUAAAGGCAAGUGCAGACAUCGCCACACAGGACUUUUACCGGUUCAACUUGACCUCCAUCACAGAGUCUGAGGAGAUACUGUCAGCCACUGUCCACUUCUUCUUCAACCAGCGGCCAUUGCAGCACUCCUGGUCCUGCAAGCGUUUCAGGACCUCCUCCUGCCGCCAUCAACACCUCCAGCAGCUGCCCCCCUUCUACCUCAUCUUCAGAGCGACCUCUCCGAACAACAGCCACGGGACCCUGCUGGGAAACAUCACCUUCUUCCCCCACAAGAGGGGCACGUGGCAAUCUAAGGACAUAUCUCACAUAGUCAAAGAAGCCAGGAAGAUGAGCGAACCCAUCGUUCGGGUCAAGUUCAGCUCUCUUGCCGGGUACCAGGGGCACCAAGACCACAUCUCACCAUCCAACCUGCCGUACGUGCUGGUCUUCGCCAAUGACCAGGCUAUAUCAGAGCCGAACAGUGUAGCUGCAACCCUACAGAGGUACGACCCUUUCCCCCUCGGCGAGGCGCCCACUCGGUCUCCCAACACCUUCCCCGACGCACGGGUGAGGAGGGACACGCACGUCAGGGACCCCGUCCAAGACAAUGAGCUCCCGGAGGUGGACUACCGCACGCUGAAGAACGGCGAGCUGUGGGAAAGAGCUUACCUGCCACCGAAGCCCAAGUCCUCGACGAAGGAGAGCCAGAGGAGGGGCUCGGGGGAGCCCCAGGUCCUGAGCUUUGACGAGAAGACCAUGAAGAAGGCCCGGAGGCGCCAGUGGAGCGAGCCGCGUGUCUGCGCCAGGCGCUACCUAAAGGUGGACUUUGCCGAUGUCGGCUGGAGCGAGUGGAUAAUCGCCCCAAAAUCAUUUGACGCCUUCUACUGCUCUGGGACCUGCGGUUUCCCCCUCCCCAAGAUUCUCCGACCAUCCAAUCACGCCACCAUACAGAGCAUUGUGAAAGCAGUGGGAAUUACUCCAGGAAUCCCUGAGCCCUGCUGCGUUCCGGACAAAAUGAGCUCCCAGAGCGUCCUGUUCCUGGAUGAGGCUAAGAACAUGGUGUUAAAAAUCUACCCCAACAUGUCUGUCCAGACUUGUGCUUGUCGAUAGAUCCCAGGAGUGAAUGAAUAUACUAAAUACUAAAAUAUUAGUCGGACCAAUAUCCUACCAGCUUGGAGAAAUGUGGACUUGAUCUGAUGGAGGGAAUGUGUUGUGUGAAGCACAGCUAAGAGGUGGUCUGCAAAUCAACAGUCAAUGUCGAACCAGGAGUGAGGCUUUAGGACAAAAAGCACACCAAUCUCAACACUGUUAAUAGCCUUCAGUCGGAAAAGUACAUCACCGACAGUUGUCUGCAUUGACACAUUUGCUCCUUGUAGCCAGUAAUCCAGUAACCCUAACCCUAACCCUGUGACUGAACUGUCCACACUCCAUUUGUCCAUAUUACCGGCUCGAGUACAUACUCGUACAGGUUAAUAGGAGUAUACUUACACCUGACUAGUUCCAGAAUUACUCUGUCUAUUGCCUUAUCACAUAUUAUGGAGUGUGCUCAACCACUUAAACAUACAAUGUGUGAAGUCUGGUGAAACGUCGAAAAUUCCUGAACAAAGACCUUCAAAGGCAAUCCACAGAUUUAGUUGGAGGGGCCCACGUGUAUCAUUAGACGGGGAAAUGCAGCUAACCUGUCAUAUUGUUAUUACAGUUCUAUAAUAUUGCUAUUUUGUUGUAAUAACAUUAUGUUACCAGUAUUAUGAGCAUUAUUUAAUCUCCCAAUUUUCCUUGAUUAACAGUGUAAUUGUGUUGUGUGCUUCUGGUGGUAUCGAUAAUUUAAUCAGUUCUAUGAUUUGUGAAAUGUAAAAAGGUGUGCUAUCAGAUAGUUAUGUUUACCUAUAGUCAUACUACACAGUGUACAUACUAUAUAUUGUGUUGUAUCAUUUUGUAAAAAACUGUACCAAGAUAAAGUUUGCAAUAUAUAACAAACUAUCAUAACAUCUUUCUUUUAUAUUUUUUGGUUUCACAUUCUCUAAAAACAGCAAGAAACAUUUGUUGUAUAGAUUUUUCAUUUGCACAAGUUUUUCAUCACUUCUUAGUAUCAAUUUGGUGUUCUGGCUGGCAUUUCAAGGCUUGUAAAUUAUGAAGAAUGAACUAUCAUUAUUUGCCAGAAUAACUGUUCAAUAAACCAAAUUAUUGUAAGUAAUCUUUGCAUAGUCAUACAUGCCCUUAUUACUGUAUAAUGUUGUCCCAGCAGUAAUUUUUUAAAUAAAAUGAUUAGUUCCUGUUUUGAGUUUCUA